AUGAAUACAGAAGUGCUAGCAGAAGACGGAAUAUUUGAGCACAAGCUGUGCUUGGAAAUGGAAAGAGAGCUGGAGCUGGUGAAUUUAAAAGAAAAGUACAUACUCGAAGAGAUAAAGUCUCUGAAGAAAGAAUUCCUGAAAUCGCAGCAGGCAAUUGAAAGAGUGAAGAGUGUUCCUCUGAUCAUGGGGCACUUUCUAGAGGCCAUCGACUCAGACACAGCAAUCAUAGGAAGUACAGCAGGGUCUAAUUCCAUAGUAAAGGUUCUAUCGACAGUGAACAAAGAGCUUCUCAAGCCAAAUACAAGCGUAGCCCUGCACAGACACUCAAGCGCUCUAGUGGAUGUUCUACCCCCCGAGGCAGAUAAUACGUUUUCUGUGCUGGGAGAAGAAGGAAGGCCCAAUGUAACAUAUGCUGACAUAGGAGGACUCGACUCACAGAAACAGGAGAUAAGAGAAGCGAUUGAGCUGCCGCUGACAGACUUAGCACUCUACCAGCAGAUAGGAAUAGAGCCACCUCGCGGAGUGCUCUUGUACGGUCCCCCGGGAACAGGAAAGACAAUGCUGGUGAAGGCAGUGGCUAACCACACGAAAGCAACAUUCAUUAGGGUGAAUGGGUCUGAGUUUGUGCAGAAGUAUUUGGGAGAAGGCCCCAGAAUGGUUCGAGAUAUAUUCAGACUCGCAAUAGAAAAAGCGCCAUCGAUUAUCUUUAUCGAUGAGGUGGAUUCUAUAGCCACAAUGCGAUUUGAUGCAGCAACUAGCGCAGACAGAGAAGUGCAGAGAGUUUUGAUUGAGCUCCUGAACCAAAUGGACGGAUUUGACCAAACAACAAAUGUAAAAGUGAUCAUGGCAACGAACAGAGCAGACACCAUAGAUCCUGCGCUGCUCAGGCCAGGAAGACUCGACAGAAAGAUAGAAUUCCCAGUUCCAGACAGGAGACAGAAAAGAAUGAUAUUUACUACAAUAACCAAUAAGAUGAGUCUAUCGGGAGAGGUAGACUUGGAGGACUUGGUGGUGCGGUCAGAUAAGCUAUCUGCAGCUGACAUUAACUCGAUAUGUCAGGAGGCAGGCAUGCUGGCUGUGAGGAACGGAAGAUACGUGGUGGCUAAGGGAGACUUUGAAGCUGCGUAUGCGCGAAUUGUGGAAAAGAAGAACUCAGAGCACGGAUUCUACUACUGA